CAUAUCCACAGCUACACACGUAUAUAUAUAUAUAUAUAUAUACUUCUUUUUACUAAUUCUAUCUUUCCUUCCUCUUCUUCUGCUUCUUCUUCUUAUUUCUCCUUUCCCUUAUUUCUUUUGUAAUUGAUACUUUAUAUUCAAAUAAAAAUAAUACCCAACACAAAAGGAAUCCAAAGCACAUUACCCUUUUUUUUUACAUUCAUUCAUUAAUUUUUUUUUUUUUGAUAAUCAUGAAUCUUGAGUACGAAUCAAAAGCUGAUCCAUGCGAUAAACUCAUUAAUCGCGUCGUAAAGGAUCUUUUUUCGUUUAGCAACACUCGACAGAAACGUAUUCUUGACUACUACUACUUUCCUGAAGCAGACUUUGUUUCGCCUCUUUUAACUACUAGAGGUGUAUUCAAUAUUCGACAUGUUCUAUUACUCUGGAAAACACUCAACAAGCGUGAACCGACCAUCAAGAAUGUUUGUUUUAAUGGUCAGACCUGCGUUGUGUACUUGACCCAGCAUCUUUCUCCCCGGCUUGUACCGUUUUUAUCGCUAGAUCUUCAGGUGAUGGUCACCUUGUCCUUUAAAGAAACCGAGGUUGAUAGUGGUUUAUUGAAAAUCGAGCGUCAUGAGGAGAGUUGGACUGUAGAAGGCCUCUUUUCAUCUGUCCCUCUUUUGUCAUUCUGGUAUGACCGUGUUCUACGAGUCAUGAUGGGCAAAUUUAUGAGUACAACCGGAGAGAUUCUUUAUCUAGCCACAGAAACUGCCCAAAUAAUGGCCCAACGAAGUCAAGAGAUAGAAAUGAGUGGCAGACAGCUUGCGAAUGCCAAUGCAACACAGCGAUCCAAACUAAGGAAAGCCAUGAGCCACUGUCAAAUGGAUUUUGGGUGUGAAAAGGAAGGUACAAAGUCGGAAGACUAG